CCGAGGUUUGUGUGUAUUCAGCCAGGGCACAAGCACACAUACCGGCUCGCACAGCGGCUGGAAGUAAGCACGCAGGCUCCAAUCUCAGCUCUGACACAGCAGCUGCACGCUUGUUGUGCGUCUGUGUGUGUGUGUGUGUGUGGUUUAUAACUCAAGACUGUCUUUUGAAGCUCAACAAUUCCGAUCUUCCACAUUUCAGAGAGCCCAGUUUAUGACUCCGCUCGCCUGACGCAGACGUCAUCGCUACUGACCUCUCCUGUCAUCCACCCCGGCGCCCCGCUGAAGUUUCAGGCCCGGUUUUCUUUGUCGGAGCACAGCUGUACAGGCGAACCGGUCUACAGACGAGCGGCUUGGGACUGCUAAAGGAGACCGAGCGGCCGCCUUGUUGACGGUAUCGCCGCCAGCUGACGGUUUCAGCGGAGCUUUACUCUGGUUAAGGGUCCCCCCAUCAACUGUUGUGUGCCGUGACCCCAGCUGUGGUCUUGCCCUUCUGAGUUACCGCUGAGCUAAUAGAGGUGGCCUGGCCAGCCUGAUGUGGAAUUUGACCCGGCUGACCCCAUCCCACAAGUAGCCUUUCACUGAACCGGACUGGCAAGAGGAAGGAUAAAAGAGCAGUAGGGCAACGAGGGAGCAAAGGGGAGAAGUGUGAGCAGCAGCAGCGGACCAACCGCCUCCCCGGUAUGCCGGUAGAGACUCUGCGGCCCUCAGACGGCCGUCUGGCCGGGGUUCCCUUCACCUCUGCCAUGCCCUUCCGUAUUCUCAACAAGGGCCCGGACUACUUCCGCCGCCAGGCUGAGCCCGGGGCCCGUAAACUCAGUGCUGUGGAGCGCCUGGAGGCCGACAAGGCCAAGUAUGUCAAAAGCCAACAGGUGGCCCUCAACCGCCAAGCGCCCGUCAAACCGCCAAUCAUCCGCAAGCCCCUCCUAUCACCAGGCAUGAUGCUCCAGUGUCAGACCAGCACGCCCCCAGCCCGGAAAGUUCCACGCCGGCCAGCUGACGUGGAGAACGGGGUAGGGAGAGAAGGCCUAGGAAUGAGGAGAGGGCCUGCUCUAAACCUGGAGAGUCUAAAUAACCUGAUCAAUAAUGUGUGCGAUGGACCCAUGCCCUCCUCCCAGUCCCCUGUUUCUUCCUCUCCCUCAGCUUCCUCCCCUUUGUCAGGUGUGAAGAGCGCUGUCAGCAGCCUGUCGACUGAACCAGAGAGGAGUAAUCGACUCCUCCACAACCUGAAACCCCUGAAUCACGGCACUAAUUCCUCAUCGGCCUCGUCCUGCACCUCCUCUCCGCUCAGCAACAGCCUUCAGCCCCCUCCUCAAGAGCCUAACCGUCGUCCGCCCCCAGUCCCAGCUCGGGCACCCCGCAUUGGAGUUCUGGCACCCUACAGCUCCCCGAACUCGGUGACGGUGCGCAGGGUGGAUGUGCGGCCCCAGGCUGACAUAAGGAAGCUCCAAAGGUCACAACUCCAGCCCCAAGUCAAGCCCAGACAGACUGCCCAGGCCCAGGUAGCACAGCAGAAGGUGGCUCAGCCCCAGGUCCCCCCGCCGCCACCUCAACCCCAUAAGACUCAACUCCAACCUCCCCGUCAGGCUCCUGCUAUCUCCCAGGCGCUGCCCUCCCCCCCAGCCUACCCCCCACCCAGCCCCUUGCUGGUCCGAGCAGGGAUGAUCCCCCCAGCCUCCCCAGCCUUCACCCGGUUGUCCAAUGCCAGCUCCAGGGGGUCCAGGGCCGGUUCAGCCCGUAAACACCCGUCCUUGCACCGCUCCAAAUCAGACCUGAGCGACCGCUUCUCCCGGGCCACCGCGGACCUGGAGCGGUUUUUCAACUACUGCGGGCUGGACCCGGACGAAGUGGAGGGGAUGGGCGGCGUCGAGCGCUUCACCCGAGCCAACUCGGACAUCGUGUCUGUUUCCAAGCUCCGUAGUGUCAGCACACCCAGCUCCGAGUGCUGCGACCAAGCGAGGGGCGAGGGAGGGGAUGAGGACGACGAGGACGGGCCCCCCAGAGCCGGCGACCGUGUGCCCUACGGCAUCUCCGUCAUCGAGAGGAACGCGCGCGUCAUCAAGUGGCUGUAUGGCAUCCGCCAGGCCCGGGACGUCGGUAACGCCGUGUCUAACGUAUAGACUGGACAGAGACCUGUGUGGCGCAGGACAGAGACCUGUGUGGCGCAGGACAGAGACCCGUGUGGCGCGGGACAGAGACCCGUGUGGCGCGGGACAGAGAUCCGUGUGGCGCAGGACAGAGACCCGUGUGGCACAGGACAGACACCUGUGUGGCGCAGGACAGAGACCCGUGUGGCGCAGGACAGAGACCUGUGUGGCGCAGGACAGGAGAAGAAGAUGCCAUGGCCCUGGCCACUUCUCUCCAUGCAAGUUCUUUUUUUAUUUAUUGUAUAUUCCCAGAGGCGGCCGAGGGCCCGUCCCUGGUGGUGUGUAGCCGUUGGCGUCAGUGUGUCCGUGACUCUGAAGAAGGGAAGCUGAUCGUCGGUCUGUUGGUCACCCGCCGCCUUACGUCCCCGUCGGAGGAUACGCGGCGGCUUUGCUUUUCUUCCGCCGUCGGUGAAGCGUCGUUCUUGUCCUGACCAUGUUGCAGAAGAAGUUGUAUUUUCACCCGGGCUGCAAGUCAGGACUGCUUCCCAGAAGAGACGACGUUAACAUGACGUUUCUAACUCCUUUACACAGAUUUGUCAAAGAAUGCUGGUGUAGGAAAGCAAUAAUAAAGUGGUGUAAAUGAUGAGCACGGUGAGUAUGAAGGCAAGAGGAUCUUUGUUGUCGUAAAUCCUCAGGCUACGGUACUGUGUGUGUGUGUUUGUGUGAGUGUUUGUGUGUGCGUGUUUUUGAUAGACAGCUACCCUGCACAAGGCUGGACCGGAGCGCUAGAACCAGCUAGCGACUCUUUACAGUGCAUGACAAAGCAAGGACCCUGGCCGAUGUACGUGUGACUGAUGAUGAGAACGCCACCUUGAUACUGUGAAAACUCACAAAAAGAAAGAAAAAGCUUCCAUAAAACACGUUUGUAUUUUCAAAA